AUCCAGCCCCCAUUACAGAGCCGGAGGGAGAGUAAAGUGAACUUUCCAUAAUGAAUUCCUUGUCCAUUGUAUGCCACAAAACCCAGCACGCACCUGUUUGUUGUACCUAUUCCAAACAAAAAAGAACAAUUCCUUUUUUGGAUUCCAAGGAAGGAAAGAACAAGGCUGUAUUUUUCUUUUUCUUUUUCUUGGUCAGGAACAGAACUUGUGACUUCUCUGGGGAAGAUUAUGAAACAGGUGCCACCAUUGCCAAUGACGGUCCGCCGUGGAGAUCGUGCCCCAGUCCCAAUCCGGGAACACAUGGCAAUCGAUGUGUCCCCAGGGCCAAUCCGACCCAUUGCACAAAUCUCAGCUUAUUUCCCACACCCUGGGCUGGAAGGAGUCCUGCCAACACGAGACCGAAUAAGAGGCCAAGGGGCAACGACUGCAUCUUCUGGAACUGGAGAAGGAGAAUCAGCGGAUGGAUACGAUUCCGAUGAGAACACAUCCCUUGGGACUCUUGAAUUUGAUAUUCUUUACGACCCUGAAAGCUGCACCCUGGACUGCACCAUUCUACGGGCCAAGGGACUGAAGCCAAUGGAUUUUAAUGGCCUGGCCGACCCUUAUGUCAAACUGCAUCUUCUGCCUGGGGCAUGCAAGGCAAACAAACUGAAAACACGAACCCAGCACAACACUCUCAACCCUGUGUGGAACGAAUCCUUAACCUACAAUGGAAUAACAGCUGAGGAUAUGGCCCGGAAGACUCUGCGAAUAUCUGUCUGUGAUGAGGAUAAACUGACCCAUAAUGAAUUCAUUGGAGAGACCCGGGUGCCCCUGAGACGCCUUCGGCCCGGCCAGAAAAGACAUUUCAACCUGUGCUUGGAAAGGCAACAACCGGUGAGAGUGGAGCAUAAGGAGUUUGUGUACCCCAAACUGGCCUCUCCUUCUUCCAUGACGGCUGCUCUGCGCGGAAUCUCCUGCUAUCUGAGAGAGCUAGAGCCGCCAGCUGGCUGGGCCCUGGAGGAAAGGGGUCGCAUCCUUCUGGCCCUUACAUACAUCUCUGAACGCCGUGGGCUUCUGGUGUCAAUUCUCCGCUGUGCCCACUUAGCUGCCAUGGACGUGUGUGGCUACUCAGACCCUUACGUCAAAGCGUAUCUGAAGCCAGAUGAAGAGAAGAAGUCGAAGCAUAAAACAACUGUGAAAAAGAAGACACUGAAUCCAGAAUAUAAUGAGGAUUUUUUCUACGAGAUUGAGCAGUCAGAUCUUGGUCAGAAAUCCCUGGAGAUAACAGUUUGGGAUUACGACAUUGGGAAAUCUAAUGAUUUCAUUGGUGGGGUGACCCUUGGUCUAGGGGCCCCAGGAGAAUGCCGACAGCAUUGGCUCUCAUGCCUUCAGACCCCUGACUGCCGCCUUGAGCACUGGCACACACUCACCAAUGAGCUCCCAGAAUCCUCUGCUUUUGGCCCCUGAGACACUGUCUCUUCUGCCUAAAGAACUGCAUCUUCCCAUCCUGCCUGCCUGCCAAAAAGGGGGAGAGGCACAGCACCAGGAGCCCCUCCUUUGCACGAGGACGUUUGCACGUUUUCAAAAUUACUUGUUGUUGGUGUCCAUUUAUGUUUAUGCUCUAGGAAAGAACUUAAACAAAGGCUGUCCCCUCUUCAGGUUUGCUAUGCUAAAGCAAUGCUGGGGAAUGAUGAGGUUGAUGGGAGGGAGAUCAUACAUGUGGGAGAGCAACGGAGGAAAAAGAGGUGGCUAAUUCUGAAACAGUCUAAACUUAAAUCAGUGAAAACUCACAGGAAAUUAUACCCAAGUAUUUCUCCUCUUCCUGAACUCUCAGAAAAUUUCUGGCCACGAAUCUGAAAUGCAACUUUUAUAUCCACGUUUGGUUUGAAUUUUAAAAGACAAGACAGCUUCUGGUGGUCAAAUGUACAACAUGGGUUUUUAAAACAGGCAAAUGAAAGAAAUAAAAUGCACUUUAAAACCCACAUUCCCCUAUAGAAUUUCUCCCCAAGAUCCAAAAAAUCUCUUUUCUCCUUGUUUCCACAUCAACUCCUUCCCUGCUCAUCUUAACCCAGAGUGACAUAUGCAAUUUGCACAUCUCAACCAUUAAAAAAAGUCCAACAUCUCUUGGCUUCUUGGGUAGAUUAAAAGGGCUUCCAUCAAGCACACUUCUUCUUACUAACUCAGCUUGUUUAGAGGCAUGUUAGCUCAGCUGCUUAGAACCACUGACUUUUAAGGAGAAAGGCCCACCACAGUCUCCUUUCCUACAAACAGGGUGAGAAGAAAAUAUCGUGCCCUUAAGGAGCUGCCUCUAAUUUUGUUUCCAUCUUUUUCAGAUAUGCUGACAACAUCCAGAAUUAAAAACCUGUAUGGUCCAGUUCACUUUUCUUUUUGAGGCAAAGAAGUUCAAGAUUUCAUAGAAUUGUAAAAUUGGAAGGGGUCACGUAAGACCAUGCUUUUCAAAAUAGCUGAUGUGGCAGCCCAGCAAUUUUCAGUUCCACGUAUCUGGAUCUGGUAUUUGAUUUGUGCCAUAUUAUUUUCAUAUUUGCAGUUUCCUGGAAAUUCACUGUAGAAUAGCCAGUUGUCUGUAGCACUGUCACACAUCAUUGAGUCUAAAUUCCCUGCUUCAGGGACCUAGACCUAGGGCAUCCUGAAUGGGUGGCUGCUCAGCCUGUACUUGGAGAUCUCCAGCAAUGGAUGAGAACUGCUACCAAUCUAAAAUAAUUGGCUCCAUUGCUAAACUGCUCUUUUCAUCAAGAUUUUUCACCUUACAUUCAACUGAACUCUACCCUCCUGUAACUUAAGCUCAUUAGAUCUAGUCACAUUCUCUGGAGCCACAGAAAACAAAGCCUUUGCCCUCUUCUUUCUGAAAGCCCUUCAGGUUUUUGAAGAAUGCUAUCAUGCACUUCCCAGUCCCAUCUUUUCUUUUCCAAGCCAAACAGUUCUUUCACCCUUUCCUCAUAGGAAUUACUUUGCAUAUCGUGGACCAUCUUUGUUGCCCUUCAUUGUACCUAUCCCAAUUUGUCUAUUUCUUCCUUAAACUGCGGCAGUCAGAACUGCACACAGGAUUUCAAAUGAGGUCGCACUAGUGCACAAUAAAAUGGAACGAUUACAUCUUAUGACUUGGAAACUACUGUUCUAUUAAAGCAGUCUAAAAUCACAUUAGGUUUUAUCGCAGCUGUAUUGCACUGUUGACUUGGCUUGUGACCGACUACAGUCCCAAGAUGCUUUUCACAUGUAUUGCUGCCAAGACAGUUAUUCCUCAUCCUAUGUGUGUCUGUGAAUAUGCCUUUUUUGUUGUUGCUUUAUUGCAGAAUUUUGUAUUUCCUACCAAAUUUCAUUCUGUCCAUUUCACUUAUUUUGAAUUUUACUCCUAUUUUUGGAAGAUGUUAACCCUCUGAGGUUUUGUGUCAUCCACAGGUUUCAUAAGGAUGCUUCUUACCCCUUUAUUUCAGUCACUGAUAAAAAUGUUAAAUACUAGCAUAGCACCUAGCCCCUGACACACUUUAAUCAAAAUCUCUCUCCAGUUUGAUAAGGAACAGUGGGUGAGAUUCUGCCAACUUAGUAUUUCAACCAGUGCUGAAUACAACUGACAGUAUUAUCCCUCCAGGCCUCACUUAACUAUGUUGGUGACCAAAAUUUCAUGGGGGACUUUGUCAGGUGCUUUGCUAAAAUCAAGAUAAAUUGCAUUCCCAUCAUUCUCACAAUUCAUAAAGCUAGUAACUCAAUAGUGUUUUAUUUUUUAAAGAGGUAAGAAUAAUCUCAGUCUGUCAAAAAUAAAUCCUAGUUAUUGUACUGAUUCUACUUAACACUGUACUGUUGUCAAAUUGUAAGCACCUUCCUUCAUUUUUAAUCUCUUUUCAUAUAUUUCUUGUGACUGGUCAGUAUGAUCAGCCUGUUGUGUCCUAGAUCUUCUCUUUCUGAUAUCUGCAAACAGGCACUUUUGUUUAUGCAUCUUCAGUCCCAUGGCACUCUAGUCAUUUUCUGGGAUUUAAUAAUUGGUUUAGGCAGACGUUCUGAGAGCCCAAUAGAGAGUUCCUUUAGAAAGCAGUUCCUAUGGCCCUGAAAGCCUAAACUUACACACCUGAAAUAUCUCUUCUUGUUGCUCUUAAUAGAAUUCCUUGACAGCCCGAGGACAUGCUGAAUUUCAGCUUUCCUGAAACUCUUCCCACAAACCUGGGAUAUUCACUUGUGAUUGUUCUAAACAUAACUUUUUUAAAAAUGGGCUCAUUCUUUUUUUGUUGGUUUCGGGUUUUUUCAUGCAGCUCCACAAUGGCUUUUUUAUGUGUCUCCCAUUUUUCUUCCUUAUUGGAAUGGUUUGCAAUUGUGCCUUUUAGUAACGCCUUAUUUAGGAAAUUAACCUGAUAAAUAUUACAAUUUCUGGACAUCAACCAGGAAAGCAAGAUUGGCUUUGGUCGUCCAUCAUGUGUUUACAAGCCAGGACCAGCCGUACAAGUAGCCAGUCUGAGGGAUUCUGCAUUCAAAGCAGUAGUUAUCAUGAAUUUCGCUUAUUAUUAUUUUACCACUAUGUGGAGAACAGACACCAUUGAAAUCUUCUGCCUUGGGUACUGGAACAUCUUGGUCCAUCUCUCUAGAGAUGCUCAUUUGUCUUCAUUAUAGUCUUUCACCAAACAACAUGCAGUACCAAAGUGACAAAUCUGUUCAUAUAUAAUAUGUGAAUCAACUUUAAAAAGAGGCAGAGUCUUCCAUCUAUGUUUAUAAGCCGUUGUUUGCAGCUAGAUAAAAAUGUAGGCUUUCAUUUCUCUUAAAGCUACUGUCACCUGGACAUAAACAACAUUCUUUUCCCCGGUUUCUAAAGAUAUGUCCCUUGCCAACAUUGGUGAGUACUCAAUAGUUUCUUGUAGCUAUCCCAUCACCACUUACAAAUAUCUGUAGCAAAAAUAUUACUACUAACAAUAAAAACACUGCAGCAAGUAGCAAGAUUUGGGUGCCUACUAGAAACCAUUUAGUAAAAUACAUACACAUAAAAGCCUGGGGAUAUUUCCAUUUUAUAUAAAAAGAAUCCCCAUCUGGAGUUUGGUGGAUAAACGUCUCCACAGAAUUUUUUUUUGGAAGCACUUAAGACUUUAAAUGUUUACAUGAGCGGUGAAAAGCUCUUUCCUGCUUCUUAAAGAGGUUCACCCCUUUUCCCUGCUCAGGAGAUUUCAAGCACUUUUUCAGACUUCCCUGCCUUUUAAGGGAUUUUCCCCCUUCUUCUGUGAGAAAAGGUAGACGGAGAGAGUCAUCCCAUCUUGUGAAAGGAUGUACUUUUUCCACAUGAAUUUCUCUUCAUUAGUACAUUUCAUAAAAGGCAGAUGCCUGACAGGAAAGAGCAAAGAAACCUCUGGCCUCAUUCUGAG